AUGUCUUCGCAGAAUGUUGAAAAUCCGGAAGUUAUUAUGAAAGAAGAAAUAAAUCGUGUUAUGGAAGAUGUUGAUACUACUGUACACGAAUUUGACCCUGACGCUCCUCCUGAAGUAAAGGCUAAACAAGUUCAAGAGAGUAGCGGUGUUGAUCCUGCUGCUGCUUCUAGUAGUAAAACUACAGGAGUUAUUGAGGGUGAUACUACUAGUGCGAACCUUCCUGGAGCUUUACCUCAUUUAGCAGUAGAGUCUGCUUCUGAAAUUCCAGAAUGGGCACGUAUCGGUUGGAAAAAUAUUGUGGAACUUGAUUCAAAGGCCCCAGAAAAAGUAUUUUAUGAUGAAAUAUUAGGAGAAAUGUAUUUUGGUCAGCUUUGGUUAAAUGCAGCUGUUGUUUUUGUCGCAGUAUUUUCCACUUAUUUUGUCACAUUAUUUGGUGGUGGGCUUGGUUGGGUUCUUAUAAUUUGUGCUUUUGUUGCUACAUAUUUCAGAAACUCGGUUCGAAGAUUUCAUCGUAACGCACGUAGUGAUAUUGCACGUGAACUUGCAAAAGAAAAAUUGGAAACUGAUUCAGAAACAACCGAGUGGAUAAAUGAAUUUUUACAUCGCUUUUGGAUGAUAUAUGAACCAGUAUUAUCAGCAACAAUUGUACAAAUCGCUGACGGUAUAUUAUUAUCAUCGACACCUUCAUUUUUAGAUUCUAUUCGCUUGACAACUUUUACUUUAGGAUCAAAGGCUCCUAUUAUAGAAUCUGUUAAAUCUUAUCCAAAUGCUGAAGAUGAUAUUGUGAUCAUGGAUUGGAGAGUUUCAUUUGUUCCAAACGAUAUUGCCAAUAUGACUAGAGCUCAAUUAAUCAAAAAAGUUAAUCCAAAGAUUAUCCUCACUAUUCGCGUUGGAAGAGGAAUGGUAGGAGCUGGGCUUCCAGUCUUAUUGGAAGAUAUAUCUUUCUCCGGACUUAUGAGAAUCAAAUUGAAGUUGAUGAAUACAUUCCCUCAUGUAAAAACUAUUGGUUUGAGCUUCUUGGAAGAACCAAAAAUUGAUUAUGUUUUAAAACCAAUUGGUGGCGAAACUUUUGGAUUUGAUAUUGCCAAUAUUCCUGGUUUAUCUGACUUCAUUCGUAAUCAAAUUCAUGCUAAUUUACGCCCAAUGAUGUACGAUCCAAAUGUGUUUGUUUUAGAUGCUGAGUCUUUGGUUGGUGGUUACCCAAUAGAAACUGCUAUUGGUGUUCUUGAACUUAAGAUUAUAUCUGCAAAGAAACUUAGAAAUGUAGAAAGAUUCGGCACUUCUGACCCAUAUGUGAAAUUGACGAUACUUGGUCAAGCUGAAUUGGGUCGUACUAAAGUGAUUGAUGAUUCAUUAGAUCCGGUUUGGGACGAAACUCAUUAUUUAGUACUGAAAACAUUAAGCGAAGUCUUGAAAUUUGAAAUAUAUGAUGCUAAUGAAUUCACCGCAGACAAACUUUUAGGAAUCGCUACAUUUUCUUUAAAUAGCUUAAUUGAUAAUCCGGAACAAAAUCAAGUUACUGCACAAGUUUUAUUUGAGGGUAAACAAUAUGGAGAGAUUUUGUUCAAUGUUAGAUGGUAUCCUGUGGCAGUGGCAAAAGAAGGAGAACCUGUUCCUGAUUCUACUAAAGAUCUUAAUCCAAAUCUUUCUUUAGUUGGGCAGUAUAAUCCUUAUGCAGAAUUAUUAUUAAAUGACAAACCAAUCUUCAGAUCGAAAACUUUGAAAAGAACGAAUAAUCCUAUUUGGGAGGAACCUACCGAAUUGUUUGUCACAAAUAGAAAAGGCGCACAAAUCUCUGUUAUUGUUAGGGAUUCACGUGAUUUUUCUGUAGAUCCAAUAGUUGGAAGCUACAAGUGUAAAUUGGGUACUAUCUUGGAAGCUACAAGUGAUAAUGAUUGGUUCAAGGUUCAAGAUGCGCCACCUGGUAAAUUAAGAUUAAGCUGUCAAUGGAAACCAGUAUUGAUCGAAAAUCCUCAUGUUGCUAUAGAUGCUGAACCUAUCGGUAUUGUCAAACUUCAAAUUAAAAAGGCUGAAGAUCUUAAAAUAUCAGGAAAAUUUAAUGUUAAUGAAGACAAAUAUGAAGCUGAAGGUGUCUUUGAUACAUCCAAAACUAUUAAUGAUGAAUUGGGAGGCACUAUUUAUUAUUCAGCCAGUUUCCAUCCAAUCAUUCCCCUUAAUAAUGUGACUAUUACAGAAACGGAGAAAAAGGUCGAUUUAGCAGAGCAAACAGAAAGGGUCGAAGUAGUUGAAAAUACUAAUGUUUUGAAUUAUACAUCUGGAAUUUUAACUAUAAAAUUUGUUCAAGCUAAUAUUGAAAAAAAAGAUAUAUCAUUGGAAUUAUAUGUAGAUAAUGAUGAAUUCCCUGUUUACAAUACAAGUCGUUCCAGAUCUUCGAAUCCUUGUUGGAAUGAAGGUGUUGCUAAAAUUUUUGUGAAGGAACUUGGGUAUUCCAGAAUUAGAUUAUAUGUCAAAUCAGGAGAAGGGAAAAGACCAAUUGGUACAAUUGUACAUGAUAUCAAAAAAUUAAUUGAAAAUUCUCAAUCGUCAACAGAUGGCAGUUGGUUAAAAGCUCCUGAACUAGAAAAUGCCCAAUUUAAUAUUUCUGUGAAUUAUCUUCCCGUAAAAUAUGAAUUGGAUCCUUCUGAAAGUUUAAAAAAUAUGGGUCGGUUAUCAAUAACCAUCAAUAGCGCUAAAAUAUUAGAAGAAGUUUGUAAAUCAGGCAGUAUUGACGCAUAUUUAUUUUUUAUACUUAACGGCGAAAAGAUUUUUAAAUCAAAAACAAUUAAGCAAUCAUUAAAUCCUGUUUUUGACGAGAAAUUUGAAGCAAAAAUUGUAACAAAUUUUGAAUUGGAGGUGAUUGAUUGGAAUCAAAUUGCAGCAGAUGAGAAAUUGGCUGUUGGAAAGAUUCCAAUUGAUGAUCUUGAACCAACCAAACUAACAGAGAAAGAGAUCCCUAUUACUAGUAUCAAGGAUCCAAAAAUUUCAUAUGGAACUGUUUAUUUGGAAUUAUUAUUUACGCCUGAUUUUUUGGACAAAGAAACACGACAAAGAGGACCUAUUAAUGGAGCAAAAAGAACUCUAUCUGGAAUUGGUAGCACGGCCAUUUCAGGUGGAGAUAAAAUCCUUAACGCGGGUAGUAGCAUAGUUGGUACAGUAGGUAGUGGAAUAGGGUCAGUAGGUGGUUUUUUUAAUAAAAGAAAUAGUGGUGGUAUUGAUCCACAUAAAAAUGGAGAAGUUACUUCAGGAUCUAUAAAUCCCGAGUUAAAUGGAUCUAGAAAAAAUUCAACUAAAAGUGUUAAUCAAUCGGAAGAAAAUAUUGGUAUACCUGGUACCUUGACAUUAUCUAUUCCUGAAGCGAAAGAAUUACUUCCUACUAAUAAAAGCGGCUUGAGUGAUCCUUAUUUCAAGGUUAAAAUAGACAAAAAACAGAUAUUCAAAUCUGAUGUGAUAAAGAAAAAUCUAUCUCCUCAAUGGAAAUCUUCAAAAGUUCAAAUUCCAAAUAUAACUGGUGGACCAAUAACAUUACAUAUCUUUGUUAAAAAACAUCAUCUAGUUGGUAAAGAUGAAGAUAUUGGAGAGUAUGAUUUGAAUUUGUGGGAACAUAUUAAACCAGGUGCCUUUACAGAAGAUACGUGGGUAAAUUUAACAAAAGUUAAUCGCGGUAAAUUACAUAUUAAAUUGGAUUAUAAACCAAAAGAUAAUUGA